GAGGUUGCUGGAGUCUUCCCUCAUUUCAUUAUCUCGCUACGAUGGAGCAGGGUCCCGGGAACAUCCGAUCUACCCAGAUCCGGCCAGGUUGUCUCCUGCUGCAUAUUAUGCUCAGAGGAUGAUCCAGUAUCUUUCCCGAAGGGACAGUAUUCGACAACGCUCUAUGCGAUACCAACAAAACCGUCUCCGCUCUUCGUCCUCCUCUUCUUCCACUUCAGAGAACUCAAGCCCAUCUGUAGAGGGAAAUGAUCUGGAGUUUGAAGAUUUUGAGGACAAUGGAGACCGAUCCAGGCACCGAGCUCCCCGGAAUGCCCGCAUGUCUGCACCAUCGCUGGGGCGCUUUGUCCCGAGACGUUUUUUGCUGCCAGAGUACUUGCCUUAUGCUGGGAUUUUCCAUGAACGGGGACAGCCUGGCUUGGCCACCCAUUCCUCUGUCAACAGGGUUUUGGCAGGUGCUGUCAUUGGGGAUGGACAGUCAGCUGUGGCCAGCAACAUUGCCAACACCACCUACCGGCUCCAGUGGUGGGACUUCACUAAAUUUGAUCUGCCUGAAAUCAGCAAUGCCUCUGUGAACGUACUUGUUCAAAACUGCAAAAUUUACAAUGAUGCUAGCUGUGAUAUCUCUGCUGAUGGGCAGCUGCUGGCAGCCUUCAUUCCCAGCAGUCAAAGAGGCUUCCCUGAUGAAGGAAUACUGGCUGUGUAUUCUCUGGCACCCCACAACUUGGGCGAGAUGCUUUACACAAAGCGAUUUGGCCCUAAUGCCAUUUCUGUGAGCCUGUCUCCAAUGGGCAGAUAUGUAAUGGUGGGACUGGCUUCCCGACGUAUCCUGUUGCACCCCUCCACAGAACACAUGGUUGCUCAAGUCUUCAGGCUGCAACAGCCCCACGGUGGAGAAACCUCUAUGAGGAGAGUUUUCAACGUUCUGUACCCAAUGCCUGCUGACCAGAGAAGACACGUCAGCAUAAACUCUGCUCGCUGGCUGCCCGAGCCAGGCCUGGGAUUGGCAUAUGGUACCAACAAAGGGGACCUGGUGAUUUGCCGACCAGA